CUUAGCCCAAGUUUCAGAAUUACAGAUAGCCUAGCCCAUAGCCCAACUAGGUUAAAUUGGUGAAAUUAAGGAUAGUCCUAUAUAAUGCAUCAUUUCAUCUUCUCCACUGCUGAGCCGCAGAUAUCUAGGUUUAGGAAGUUUGUCAUCAAUGGCACCUAAAGGUGAUGCUGCCAAGAAAACUGAUGCCAAGUCACAGGCUGUGAAGGCUGCAAAGGCUGUGAAAUCAGGUACAACAUUUAAGAAAGCUAAGAAGAUCAGGACAAAGGUCACAUUUCACCGGCCCAAGACAUUGAAGAAAGAUAGAAACCCAAAAUAUCCACGCAUCAGUGCAACCCCAAGAAACAAGUUGGACCAGUAUCAAAUUCUGAAGUAUCCACUGACCACUGAAUCUGCUAUGAAGAAGAUUGAGGAUAACAACACCCUCGUUUUCAUAGUUGACCUUCGGGCUGACAAAAAGAAAAUUAAAGAUGCAGUUAAGAAGAUGUACGACAUUCAGACCAAGAAAGUGAAUACUUUGAUCAGGCCUGAUGGAACUAAGAAGGCAUAUGUUAGGUUGACUCCAGACUAUGACGCCUUGGAUGUGGCGAACAAGAUUGGUAUCAUAUAAAAUACAGUUUUGUAGCCAUUGGUCUUGAGCAAAGUUAUUUUUGAAAGUUUUGUUAGGUGUACUGCACUGUGCUAGGAUUUUAUUGUUAUGUUUGUUUUUCUCCUUAAAUAUAUGUGAGGAUUUAUGUUUUUUUUUA